AUGGCAGCAGUGCAAGGUGCUCCUGGUAAUAAAAAUUGGCCUGCAAGACCCGGUAUGCAGCAUCAGAACAGUCAGGGCCCUGCUUCAAGUAUGACACUAAACAGGACAAUAAAUUUAUAUCCACUGACUAAUUACACAUUUGGCACGAAGGAGCCGUUGUUUGAGAAGGAUGCAUCAGUUCCCGCCAGGUUCCAGAGGAUGCGUGAAGAGUUCUCCAAGAUCGGCAUGAGGAGAUCAGUGGAAGGUGUACUGCUGGUACACGAGCACGGUCUGCCACAUGUGCUGCUAUUGCAGCUCGGUACAGCAUUUUUCAAGCUGCCCGGUGGAGAGCUCAACCCAGGAGAGGAUGAAAUUGAAGGUUUAAAAAGGUUAUUGACUGAAACGCUAGGCAGACAGGACGGAGUCAAGCAGGAGUGGCUUAUUGAGGAUACCAUCGGCAACUGGUGGAGACCGAACUUCGAGCCGCCGCAGUAUCCCUAUAUACCACCGCAUAUAACAAAACCAAAGGAACAUAAGCGAUUAUUCCUAGUACAACUACAAGAUAGGGCGUUAUUCGCUGUCCCUAAGAACUAUAAAUUAGUAGCAGCGCCAUUAUUCGAGUUGUAUGAUAACGCUCAGGGCUACGGACCAAUCAUAUCUUCAUUAUCGCAAAGUUUAUGUCGAUUCAAUUUCGUGUACAUGUAA